AAGGAAACCUCCCCGCGCGCUCGCAGCUGGCUGAUAGCUACAAAGGGGGUGGCGCUCGCUGUUUGGUUGCAGUGACUUAUUUGACUCUCUGGAAUCAAGGCUCCCAGUCUGUUUCCGUUACUGGCUGGCGCUAGUAAACCAGAUAACUCAGAAGUGAAGGUUUAUAUAGCUCUCGAGAGGGGCGUAUUGUGAGAUCAGGACGAGAGAAAAGCUGGGAUCAGCCUCAGCAGAGUUUAGAGAGGAACUCAGCACACGAAUUGAAAUGAUUGACUCAGUCAAAGUAAGGAGACAGAGCACCUUGGAUUUUUACUCUCACUAUGAAUUUCUCUGUGCUGUUCAAGGCUCUGUCCCACUAAAAACUGUGAAAGCUAAUGUGAAUCAGGGCAUUCUUGAGCUAAAUGCAGAUCGCCUCAAGGCUUCUGAUUGGGCACCACUUCUGAAUGCUAUCAGGCAUAAUAAGACUUUGACUUCUAUUGUAAUAAGAAGCUUUCAUCAACAGGGUCUUGGAGAAUCAGGGGCUGACAGACCUAAAACCUACUUUAGAAGACGAAUUCCAGCAAUUCGAUCAAAAGACAUGACUACUCAAUUAUGUAAAGCCAUCAGAGGUUGUCUGAAUAUAUCAAGUGCUCUAAAAAAUGUGGAACUUGAGGGACUGCUUCUAAGAGAGCGAGAUCUAAUAUUUUUAACAAAGGGGUUGGCCAAGACGUCAUCUUUGGAGAGCUUGUCAUUAGCACAUUGUCCAAUUGGAGAUGGAGGAUUGGAAACAAUCUGUCAAAGUGUGAGAAACUCAGCCAACAUCAAAUCUAUAAAUUUUACAGGAUGUAGUUUGACCUGGCGGGGAGCAGAACACUUGGCCAAUGUCUUAAAGCAUCAGGCAAUGAAAAGACAUGGUGAAGCUUGGGCUGAAAGCCUGCGCUAUAGGAGACCUGACCUUGACUGCAUGGCAGGUUUGAGGCGUAUCACUCUCAACUGCAAUACACUUGUUGGUGAUCGAGGGGCUGGAGCCUUUGCAGAAUGUCUUGGAGAAGACCUGUGGCUGAAAGGUAUUACAGAACUGGAAGAAUGUCUAUUAAAAUUAAAGGAAGAAAGAAGGGCAAGAGUAAAGGCUGAUGAACGGAUAAUGGAGCUGGAAGUUGAAAAUGCCCGAUUAAGGAAUCUAAACUUCUCUCUGUCUGAGGUUCUUCAUGCGCAGUCAGUAACCAACAUGAUUCUGGAAGAUGAAGGUGUUCUGGGCAGCAUUGAGACCUCUUUCCAAAAGUUUCAUGCUUUUUUAGAUCUUCUUAAAGAUGCUGGACUUGGACAACUUGCUACAAUAGCUGGGAUAGACCAAUCUGAUUUUGGUUUGUUGGGCCAUCCCCAAAUGAAUUCUACUGUCAGCAAACCUGCUAUUGUACAAAAGGAGAAAUCAUAUGAAGAAGAAAGACAAGAACAAACACAGACUAGCAAAAAUGUUGGUGGAGACUUCAAAGUUUCUCUUCCUGGCUUCAUCCAUUCUCAGGUCCUUGUGAAUAAUACCUGUGCCAUUCCCAGAGAAAUACAAGAAUUUCAGGUCACUGUUCAGCAGCAGCAAGGUUUAUUGGGAGAAACCGAAGCUCAAAUGGAUAAUCAAGGAAAGGAAAUAUCCAAAAAUAGCAGGCCAUCAUCCUCUGAGAAGAGUGUCAAAUUAAGUGAACAGACAAAAGGACAUUCUUUGAAGCAAUCAGCUACUAGUCAGUGUUCAUUUUCUGAUUCCAAUGUAAAUCUGAAGAGCAAGGGUAGCAAAAAAUUCAGUGCCACUUCUAGUGAAGACAGCCAAAACGGUUCCUCAAAAAAACACAUCUACAGAACAAAUGAAACUGGAAUUGUAAAUGUUGCAGUCCGAGGAGAUCAAAGUAAACACCAAACAGCAGAUCAUUCUAGAAAUGACACAGAGGGAUUUGAUUCUGAAAUACAAGAAAGUAUCCAUUCCAUGAAAAGCAUUUGAAAUGAGUCUAAAAAGAAAGUUCACAUUAUUUUCCACAUGUGUAGAAUAAAAAAUAUCCAUAGUUUCUUUUUGAGAGAAAUGUAUGCUUUGAAAACUUUGUAAAACUUUUCACACUCUUGACUGUUUCUGUUUCAUAUAACCGUAAUCUUUUCUCAUUACAUAGUUUUUAGCAAAACCAAAUGAAACAUCAUCAGAAUGGUACCCUUCAAUGUUGUCUGAGUUUAGAAAGGCUCUGAUGUGAUGCAUAGGGGUGUUUGAUUUCCUGUGCAGUACAAAUGAAUAUAGAUUUAUUAAAUAGUAAAGUUUUAAACAAAUAAAAUGAAUGAGACAGUACUAAUUAUGAUUUGCAUUUUUAGUUGAUCAUAUUUCAGACCAUUGUUUAGUUGCAAUUGCAUAUCCAUUGGUGCCUAAGACACUAUGGUAUAUUCUCCCUUCAUUGUUUAUGCAUAGCUCCCAUUAUUACUGGGAAAAUCAAGGGUGAGUCUAAACCCCUUGCUAGUUAAUACUGUUCAUUGAAGUAUGUUCUUGGUUCAUAAUUAUAGACACAAUAGUGGUUUUGUAUCUCUGGCAGUAACACAUGAAUUGAAAUUACAGUAAUACUAUAUAAGUGAUUUGUUUUCUUCUUUUUUAUUAUUAUAGAACGUAAGCCAUAACUCUUACUGGCUCAAUUGAAAAUUUCAAGCAUUUUUGUUGUUUUCAGACAGUGGAGUGUAUCUCUAUUUAAUCAGCCUAUAUUAGGUAUGGUGAUUCUGUUUUUGUAUUAAGACAGUUAUUGAUUGCAUUCAAUCACUAGCAUGUCCCACUUGAAACUGUAGUUUCUGAGAUGGUGAUGGUUAUUCUGAGAUAGUGAAACCAAUUUGAUUUGGCUUCAUAGAGAUGGCUAAGAAGUUUAGUAUUGGGAUCACUUCCUGCUUGCUGGUUCAAGACUAGCUAGUGAAGUCAUUACUAUCAAAUGGCUGUUAAAUGGUCUUUUAAAAUGAAUGAAUUGUGUUGGUCCAGUUCUUAGUGGACAAGUGCCCUUAUCACAAAAAUUCGUAUUCUAUCUAAUGUGUCCUCUUGUUAGUAAUCUUAGCAGUGAUGCCAAUGACAGAAGGAACACAGAGCCUGAAAAAUCAGAUUUUGAUGCUGCUGAGAGUAACAAAAAUACCUAGGAAGUUAGAACUACCUCCUUGCCCUAGAGCAAGGGUGGCCAACCUGAGCCUGAGAGGGAGCCAGAAUUUACCAAUGUACAUUUCCAAAGAGCCAUAGUAGUACAUCAGCAGCCCCCUAUCAGUACCUCCACUCCCACUCCCAGAGCCUCCCACCCACCGGCAGCCUGCCAAUCAGCACUGUCCCCCGAGAGGGUGGGAAGGGGUGGAGUGGGGGCAGGGCCUCUGGCAGAGCCAGGGGUUGAGCAGUGAGCAACCCCCAGCACAUUGGAAAGUUGGUGCCUGUACCUCCAGCCCCAGAGUUGGGGCCUAUACAAGGAGCCGCAUAUUAAAUUCUGAAGAGCCACAUGUGACUCCGGAGCCACAGGUUGGCCACCCCUGCCCUAGAGGACACUCCAGAACAGCAUUGAGACACUCUGGUUCGGGCAGUGGGGAAUCCUUUCAGUCCAUUUAAUGAAGAAAUAUGAAAUUUCAGUGAUUAUAAAAGAUUGACAGCCCUAGAGAUUGAAGUUUCUUGAAUUUAAAAGAAGAACAAAAUUGAACUUUUUUUUUCCAGCGAAAUUGUUUAACCUUAUCUGGGAUAUUGCUUCUAGUGGAAAAUGUUAUCCCACACAAAUGGAAAAAUAUUGAAAUAAUAUGGAAGUCUGGAUGAAACUUUGUUUCCUUUCAUAGCAGAAAUCAUGAGGUGGGUCAACUAAUGGCUGGAAUUAAGAUACUUCUUUGUAAGCCAGGAGAAUUUCUUAUUUUCAAUGAAAAACCCAUUCUGUAUCUUGUAGGUGAUAUCUAGCUUUCUAGUUAGUGAUAAACAUGUAGUAUGUUGUUGAAGCAAUGGUUUCCUUAAAAUUUUUUAGUUUUAAACUAUCUGUAGCAAUUAACCUUAAACUUCUAAUUUCUUUGUACCCUCUGAGUAUGAAACAUAAAAUACAAAACUACUAAUUCAAGAUUUUGUUCUAGGCUUAAAUUGCCUGCAUAAUAUUGAACUGAACACUUUUAUUUUAUUUGAAUUUCUGCAGAGACUGAAUGGACUGAAAAAAGUCUACUUG